UGGCCCUCAGAUUGCGGGGUCCCGGGGGCCUGUCGCGGGGCGCCCCCGUGACCCACCGACCAGGCCUUCCCCCGGGCCGGAGCGAUGGCCGCCGAGAACAGCAAGCAGUUCUGGAAGAGGAGCGCCAAGCUGCCGGGGAGCAUCCAGCCUGUGUAUGGAGCUCAGCACCCUCCUCUGGAUCCUCGGCUCACCAAAAACUUCAUCAAAGAACGGUCAAAAGUGAACUCAGUUCCUCUGAAGAACAAGAAGGCCUCCAGUUUCCACGAGUUUGCCAGGAAUACCAGUGACGCCUGGGACAUAGGUGAUGACGAGGAAGAGGACUUUUCCUCACCUCCUUUCCAAACUCUGAACUCGAAAGUGGCUUUGGCAACUGCGGCCCAAGUCCUAGAGAACCACAGCAAGCUGAGAGUAAAACCUGAACGUUCGCAGUCGACAUCAUCAGACGUCCCCGCCAGCUACAAGGUCAUAAAGUCCAGCAGCGACGCCCAGCUGUCCCGAAACUCCAGUGACACGUGCCUGAGGAACUCACUCCACAAACAGCAGUCUCUCCCUCUCCGGCCCAUCAUCCCCCUUGUUGCCCGGAUCUCAGACCAGAAUGCUUCUGGGGCCCCUCCAAUGACAGUCCGGGAGAAAACGCGCCUAGAAAAGUUCCGGCAGCUACUUUCCAGCCACAACACCGACUUAGAUGAAUUGAGGAAGUGGAGCUGGCCAGGCGUUCCCAGGGAAGUUCGACCGGUCACCUGGAGACUGCUGUCGGGCUAUCUCCCAGCAAACACUGAGCGGCGGAAGUUGACCCUGCAGCGGAAGCGGGAGGAGUACUUCGGCUUCAUUGAGCAGUAUUACGACUCUCGGAAUGAGGAGCAUCACCAAGACACCUACAGACAGAUUCACAUUGACAUUCCAAGGACGAAUCCUCUCAUUCCAUUGUUCCAGCAGCCCCUUGUCCAGGAGAUCUUUGAAAGAAUUCUCUUUAUCUGGGCCAUCCGACACCCCGCCAGCGGUUAUGUCCAGGGGAUUAACGACCUGGUCACUCCCUUCUUUGUCGUCUUCCUCUCAGAAUAUGUGGAAGAGGAUGUGGAGAACUUUGAUGUGACCAACUUGUCUCAGGACAUGCUGCGAAGCAUCGAGGCCGACAGCUUUUGGUGCAUGAGCAAGCUGCUGGACGGGAUCCAGGAUAAUUACACCUUCGCACAGCCGGGGAUCCAGAAGAAGGUCAAGGCACUGGAAGAGCUUGUGAGCCGGAUCGAUGAGCAGGUACACAGUCACUUCAGGAGGUACGAGGUGGAGUACCUGCAGUUUGCCUUUCGGUGGAUGAACAACCUCCUGAUGCGGGAGCUCCCUCUGCGCUGCACCAUCCGUCUGUGGGACACGUACCAGUCUGAGCCAGAAGGGUUCUCACACUUCCAUCUCUACGUGUGUGCGGCCUUCUUGAUCAAGUGGAGGAAGGAGAUUUUGGAUGAGGAAGACUUUCAGGGCCUCCUCAUGCUGCUGCAGAACCUGCCUACAAUCCACUGGGGCAAUGAGGAGAUCGGGCUGCUGCUGGCCGAGGCAUACAGACUCAAGUACAUGUUUGCAGACGCCCCCAACCACUACCGCCGAUAGGUGCUGUCUCCCCCGGGGACCAGACUGCCCCCAUCUCUGAUGGCUUUCAUCACUGUGGCCACUGUGCAAGCCGUGGACCCCGGCCAGGAACCACUCCUGCUGUACAAAGCUCACUCCCACCGCCACCGCCCAGGUCUUAACUUCACAGCAUCCACCACGUUGUGUCUCUGGAUGUGUGUCUGGGACCACUGUCAGUAUUGUGUGCCGUGUGGAUGGGCCCGACUCUGGGAGAGGCAGAGAAGGAGGUGACACCGGACAAAAGAAGGGGAGGCUCCGGUCCGCCCCCAUGUCAUCCCUACAUGCACCUGCUGGUUCUGCCCAGGACCCAUCUGGUGUUGGUUUUCUUUUUACUUUCUUUUCUUCUUCUUUUAAACAGGAAAACCCACAAAUUUUCAUGCCCAAGGCAUAGGAUGUUAGGUUCUCAUGUGUUGCUUUUGUGACUCAUUUGAUCUGGUCACAGGUCAGAGACACUUUAUGUUUUCGGAAGACCCUGGCCCCACCCUUCUCCCCUCUUGCCCUCCUCCUCCUGCCCCAGCUGAGCCAGCCACACAGUGAGUGAGCCCUUCCUUCUCAGGUGGAGGAGACACCAUGUUUAUAACCCUGAGGAGAGGCCUACACUCAAGGGCUAGGAACUGCAUUUUACCUUUCCUCAUCUAUGAGUCUUACAUUUGGUGUGCAUGUGUUUGUGUGUGUGUUUGAGUGCGUGUGCGUGUGUAUACAGGCCUAUCAGCAUUUUGUCACAUGUCUACAUUUGUGUCUAGAAUAACCCAUCAGAACCAGUUGGGAAGGACCCUAGGGACCAAGCAGCUGAUGGUCCCUUGAGAGGGACCAGGGCAGGGGAGGGAGAAAGAGGGUGGUUUGUUUUAUUGAUUUUUUUUUUCCCUUCUUUUUAACCACCUCUUCAAACUCUUUUUCCAGGGUGAACCACUCCAAGAUAUUAUGUAUAAAUUGUGUUAUUAUGUAUAUGGUAAAGGUGUACAAAUUUAUGUCCUCUUUGUAGCAGAUAUGAUUUUAUAUUUAUAGUGUGCAUUGACAUGUGAAAGCAAUCUAGGUCAUUAGCACAGACGAACUUGCUGGGCGGGUGGCUUAAGGGGAGGAGCCUGGGGCCUGGGAGCCAUCUGGAGGGUGUGGCCCUCAGAUUGGCUGUCUGUCUGUCACUGUCUCUGCCUGCCUGCUUCCCGCCUUUUCCCUUCCUUUGCGCCCCUCCUUUGGCCUCUGUGAACACCUGCCUGUCCUUCCCCUCCCCCAGCAACCUCCCCAGGAAGGUGGAGGCAGAAGCCCGCCCUCAGGUUUUGUGGCUGCGGCCUGUCUUCACUUGUGUAAGUCAGCACUGUGGUCAGGACAGAAGCUGGCUGACACAUCAGUGCCAAGAGAAGGGAUCCUUGUGUGUCCCCGACAUGGGGGCCUCCUCCCAGAGAGUGUCAUUAGGUGUCCCUGUCACCACCACACUCCCCACAGCUCAUGAGCUGUCUGACUCAUGCUGUCUGCUCAUGAGUCUUAGCUUUUGGUAGUGGAGAAAGGGAGGAUGGAGGCCAGUAGCCACCCAUCCACUUGGGAAGCCAGGCGGUGUUCCUAGGGUUGACGCCCCAAGUUCACUUGCCUGUGACGCUCCACUGCAGGCCACACCUCACCCCUGUGAGUUAGGUCCCUCAUCCAAACUGAUUCUCAGGCAUUCUUCCCCGUGCCCACUCACCCUCAGUGUGCCUAAGUAGUCUCCUCCACAGAUGGGAGGACUCAUGGCCCUCCCCCAAACAGAUUAAAGAAAGACACUUGUGUCCCCAAGUGGUGGUUUUAUUUUUUUAGUUUUAUGUUUGUAUGGGAAACUGUGGAUAAAGUGAAUGGAUUGUAAAUAAAUGGUGUAUUUCCUCCUCCA